GCGGGUCUUUGGGUCGGUGUUUCAUUUCUAUCGGCGUCUGCACCUCGAUGUAGGGGCAUUUGUGACACUGUCCCCGGGAUAGUGCUAGUCUUUUUUUUCUCUCUCUCUCUCAGCCCCACGAUCUUUACCCGGGCCUUGAGGAGUUUGCGACUGAUGAACGAAGGUAAGUGCUGUGUGACCCAACCGUUGGUCUGAUCAAGAAACUUUUACACGGCCUGAAGACUGUGCAGCACUUUAAUUAACAUUAUAUGAAUGAAAAUCCAGCUACAAGGCAACAAAGGCUAUCUACGUGGGAGCAUUUCCAUUACCGUGCAGCUAUGCACCCGCACACCUUGUUGACCCUAGGAGAUGAAGAAGUAUCUCAUCUCAGCUAGAAGGUUGUUUUGUGUCUGAAAUGAAGUUUUCUGUUGUAACUCAGUCAAAUUGUUGGAACCGGGCUGCUGAGAACGCGCCAGCAUUUGUUCACGAGUGAUCAGUCCUUCAACUGCAUUGAUUUUCUGUGCCUGACAUCUGACUUGAUGAAUUCAUAGAGAAAUGUGGGAAGGAAUUCACUCAUUUAUCCCACUUGCAGACACGCACUUGAGUUCACACUGAGGAGAGGUUGUUCACCUGUUCUGUGUGUGGGAAGGGAUUAGCUCGGGCAUACAGCCAACAGAACACAUCAGAUCAGUUAACGCUGCAGAGAUGCCAUUCACCUGCUCAGACUGUGGGAAGGGAUUUCCUCAGUCUUCUCAAUUGAAGAUACAUCAGCAAAUUCACAUUGUGGAGAAGCCAUUCACCUGUUCAGAAUGUGGGAUGACCUUCACUAUCUCAUCCAAACUACAAAGACACCAGCAAGUUCACACUGGGGAGAGGCCAUUCACCUGUUCAGUGUGUGGGAAGGGAUUCACUCGGUUAUCCAGCCUACAGACACACCAGACAGUUCACACUGGGGAGAAGCCGUUCACCUGUUCAGACUGUGGGAAGGGAUUCGCUCAGUCUUCUCAUCUACAGACACAUCAAGCAGUUCACACUGGGGAGAGGCCUUUCACUUGCUCAAAUUGUGGGAAACGAUUUACUCGGUCAUCUGAGCUACUGGCACACCAAUCAGUUCACACUGGAGAGAGGCCUUUCAUCUGCUUAGACUGUGGGAAGGGAUUCACUCGGUCAUCUCAACUUAAAGUACAUCAGCGAAUUCAUACUGGGGAGAGACCAUUCACCUGCUCAGACUGUGGGAAAGGAUUUAUUCGGUCAUCUGAUCUACUGGCUCACCAGUCCAUUCACACUGGGGAGAGGCCAUUCACCUGCUCAGAUUGUGGGAUGGGAUUUACUUAUUUAUCCAAACUACAGAGACACCAACGAGCUCACACUGGCGAGAGGCCAUUCACCUGUUCUCUGUGUGGGAGGGGAUUCACUCGGCUAUCCAGCCUACAGAUACACCAGUCAGUUCACACUGGGGAGAGGCCGUUCAGCUGUUCAGAAUGUGGGAAGGGAUUCACUCAGUCAUCCCAUCUACAGAGACACCUAUCAGUUCAUACUGGGGAGAAGCCGUACACCUGUUCAGACUGUGGGAAGAGAUUUGCUUCAUCAUCUGAACUGAUGGUACACCAGCGAAUUCACACUGAGGAGAGGCCGUUCACCUGCUCAGAUUGUGGGAAAGGAUUUACUCGGUCAUCUGACCUACUAGCACACCAGCGAAUUCACACUGGGGUGAGGCCAUUCACUUGCUCAGACUGUGGGAAGGGAUUCACUCAGUCAUCGCAACUGAAGGUACAUCAGCGAGUUCAUACUGGGGAGAGGCCGUUCACCUGCUCAUUCUGUGGGAAAGGAUUCACUCGGUCAUCUCACCUAUAUACACACCAGUCAGUUCACACUGGGAGGAGGCCGUUCACCUGCUCAGACUGUGGGAAGGGGUUCACUCACUCAUCCAAUCUACAGAGACACCAGCGAGUUCACAUGGGAGAGAGGCCAUUCACCUGUUCUGUGUGUUGGAAAGAAUUCACUCGAUUAUCCAGCCUGCAGACACACCAGGCAGUUCACAGUGGGGAGAUGCUGUUCACCUGCUCAGACUGUGGGAAGGGAUUUGCUCAGUCAUCCCAACUGCAGACACACCAGUCAGUUCACAGUGGGGAGAUGCUGUUCACCCUCUCAGACUGUGGGAAGGGAUUUGCUCAGUCAUCCCAACUGCAGACACACCAGGCAGUUCACAGUGGGGAGAUGCUGUUCACCCUCUCAGACUGUGGGAAGGGAUUAGAUUAUGAGGACGCUCAGUCCUCGUUCAUUGUCAUUUAGAAAUGCAUGCAUUAAAAAAUGAUACAAUGUUCCUCCAGAAAGAUAUCACAGAAACACAGGACAAACCAAGAAAGUGACAAAACCACAUAAUUAUAACAUAUGGUUACAACAGUGCAAAGCAAUACCGUAAUUUGAUAAAGAGCAGACCAUGGGCAUGGUUAAAAAAAAGUCUCAAGUCCCAUUAGCCCCAUCAUCUCAUGCAGAAGGAAGCGCCGCAAACUUGCCGAUGCAUUGGAAGCAGCCAACUCUGAGUCCGUCUGAAAACUUCGAGCCUCCGACACUGAGCACCAUCUCUGCCGAGCGCUUUGACCCUGCCCCGGCCACCGAGCAACAAGCAAAGCCGAGGAUUCGGGGCCUUCCCCUCCGGAGAUUCUGGAUCACACAGUAGCAAUGGCAACGAAACAGGCAUUUCAGAAGUUUCACCAGAUGUUCCUCCGUGCUCUCACGUCUGUCUCCAGCAAAUCAGGAUUGUGCUACUUGACAGAUAACAUAUUCACUGGAGUGGCUACUGCAAGCUGCGUCGUGCCGCCAUCUUCUCCUCCUGUGGGAAGCGAUUCACUGAGUCUUGUGACCUGCAGACAAGCCAGUCAGUUCAUACUGGGAGAAACCAUUGUGGGAAGAGUUUCACUCAGUUAUCCAGCCUUACGACACACGGCUGAGUUCACAGUGGAAAAGGUUUAGAUGAGCUGCAUGCAGGAUAUUUAACCUUCACGGCUGCUGAAUCCAGAGGCUGACGUGGUGUCAGACUCUGAAAAUAUUGCUGCUGCUCAUCACAUCCAGUUCUGCAGUUCUCAGUUUCUCUUGCUAAAGUUCACCUUUAUUCAGACUGGAGUUUAAUAUUCUGGAUCUGUGACUAAUAAAUCAGUUCUAAACUCUGUUUCCGGUACAUAGU